AUGGCUUCAGUUUGGAAAAGACUGCAGCGUGUUGGGAAACAUGCAUCCAAGUUCCAGUUUGUGGCCUCUUACCAGGAGUUGAUGGUCGAGUGCACCAAAAAAUGGCAGCCAGAUAAACUAGUGGUGGUUUGGACAAGAAGAAGCCGAAGAAAAUCCUCUAAGGCUCAUAGCUGGCAGCCUGGCAUCAAGAACCCAUACCGCGGGGUGGUGGUAUGGCCUGUUCCUGAGAACGUUGAGAUUACUGUGACGCUCUUUAAGGAUCCCCACGCUGAAGAGUUUGAAGACAAAGAAUGGACGUUUGUCAUAGAGAAUGUGAGGAAACGGAGGCAGGGUGGAGAGGUGGGACCAGCCGUGGUCGCCGAAGCGAAGAGCAAGAGAGUCGGGACGUGCCCCCCGAUCCCCGGGAUCGCGGUCUCGCGCUCUCUGCGGCGGGGGGCCGGCUCGUGCACCCGGUGA